AUGAACAAAUCAUCCGGGUCACAUGGUCGAACAGGAAAAGUAAAACCGACAUUCAGAGUGCCGCUAAAAAUUGCGUCUUUGCGAUUUUCGGUGCAGAAGUCGCGACUAUAUCCACUCCAGCGUGGCUUGCCUCGUAUUAAGUCGUGUAGACUGUUCUUCUACCUGUUUGUCGCAUUUGCUAUCGCGAGGGUUGGGAUUAUUUAUGUUGACAGGUCCAAGAAGAACUUGAUAGUCAAAAAUUCACUGGUGGCCUCAACAAGCAAAUACGCUCGCCGAGAAGGUGAGUUUUUGCUACAAGAUGUUAUGGAUCACCACAGAGGGUCUGCCUGGAAGAAGACUCGGCAACUAGUGAGGGGGGGUUCACGAUCAGCCGGUGCUAGCAAUGCCCCCCUGCAAAGUAGAGCAGGAACAACGGGAGGGCACCGAAAUCCAAGACGCGCAGACGAAUUGGAACUCCAAACAGCUGAACACGAACCAGUAGAAAGAGUGGCCAGGGAAGAUAGUUCAGAGAAACUCGUUGAUGGAGACACCUCUCAAGGACAUGUAGAAAGCAUGGCUGUGCUUGUUGUUGCGUACAACAGACCUGACUACUUGCGGCAAACACUUGACUCGCUAGCAAAAGUUUCACGAUUGAGUGACAUUAGCGUAUAUGUUUCGCAGGAUGGCUUUGACGAGGGUGUAGCGCGUGUUGCCAGUGAAGGCCAGUUGAGAGGGCUUGGAAAACCACAAACUCGAGGGUAUGAGCAUUGGCAGCGAGAGCGCAUCCCUCAGCUUGGUCAGAAUCAACCCGGCCAUGCUUGGCUCGCACAGCAUUACAAAUGGGCAAUUGAUAAAAUAUUUAUUGAUCGAGCACACUCACAUGUCAUAAUCGUUGAAGAUGACAUGCUGUUCAGCCCUGAUUUCUUGGUUUUCUUCAAACAAACGGCACACCUUCUCGCGCGCGAUGAGAGCCUUUGGUGUAUCUCCACGUGGAAUGACAAUGGUCUUGCGAGUCAUGCUCGAGACCCCUUGCGACUUUUUCGAACUUCUUAUUUCCCAGGGCUCGGAUGGAUGAUGCGUCGCGAAUUGUGGAAUGAAAUCGGAAGCAUUUGGCCUAAAGAGCAUUGGGAUCACUGGAUGCGUCUGAAUACGACUAGCAAGGGUAGGGAAUGCAUUGUACCUGAGGUAAACCGAAAUUUCAAUAUUGGUAGGACUGGUGCCAACAUGAGGCGCGACACUUAUGACCGAUAUCUCAAACGCAUGUCAUUCAACGUGCUUGACAUCAAUCACUAUGGUAAUUUAGCCUACCUCGAUCGAGAUGUCUAUCGCCAGCGCCUGCAAAGACUGACACAAAGUGCAGCCGUGUGGCCAUGGCAUCAACAUCAACAUAGUAUACUUUCGUCUUUACAACACUGGCUUAAGACAGAAAAAGGAGACAACGCAGGAGAAAAUGCUGUCCUGGCAUUGUAUCGCAUGGAGAACUACGAGUUGCUCGCCAAUGCAUUGGACCUUUGGCCAUAUCCUCGUGGUCACUCGCAGCAUGCAAUAGAGGUGAGUAUAGAUGGAGUCACCAUAAUUUUGGCAGAUGAGAGGAGUUGUCCCUACCUGCCAUCACACCUGCGAGUCAGGCCAUCAAGGGGGUUAACACCCGUCGCAGCGGUCCAGGGUCAAACUUGCGAUGCGGCAUGCAGAUAUAACCACAUGAAAUGUCAUGCGCCAGAUUUUUGGUUUUUGAAUUCAUGUGAGGUACUUGCUAAGUUUUUUCCCUGUGAGGCUGGUUGUGCACUUGUGCUGGGCGACGACAUUCCCAAUUAUGUUGUUUCAAAUCGAAUGGACACGUAUCAGAAAUGUUUGGUGUCUGAACGGCAAGCAACAUGUGCAGCAUCGCACAGGGCUACUACGAGGUUGUGCGCAUGCGUGCCGUCAACAUAAAUUAGCGUGGAAAGGUCGUGAAAAUGUUGAAACUAACUGAUUCUCCUUGUAUUAUUAAUCGAUCUGUGUUGAAUU